UGUUACACUCGUGCAAGUCUGACCUCUCGUAAGCUGCGAUGUAACCUUUAUUUGAGGUAUCUCGUCGUAUCGUUACGCUCAUAUUUUAGUAUGAUUUAAUACACCUGGCUACACUACAAAAAUAUGCACUUUCCUCCUCGUGAACUACUCGGUAAAUAUUGACAGCUCUUUGCCCCAGAGCUGACUAGAAGACUUUGAGAGCUGCGUCCUUGAUAGAGUGCCAUGCAGGCUUGGUCAUGGACCAGGUCACAUUUAGAAGUGACACUGUUCUAUCUGAUGUGCAUCUGCUGUUACCAAAUGCUUCCCAUCUCAUGAAGAGACUUAAUGGCGUCGGACAGCCAGUCUUCACUUCGAAGUUCAGGAUUCUGCGGGAUGGUGAUGGAAAGGACUCAAGCGGUAAGUCGCCUGUCCGUGAGAGCACUGAUGCAUCAAACGUUCCUCGGGAUGAAGACGGCGACCUGGACGUAGUGAGGAGGCCCAGAUACACCACCUGUAACAGGAAUGCAGUAUGUCCCAUUAUCCUAAGUCAAUCUGCAGCAACGCUAACCGACGAGGAGGAAGAUUCUGAGGAGGAAGAUGGAGCCCCUGACAUCAUUAAGAUUGAGCAUACUAUGGCGACACCACUGGAGGAUGUAGGGAAACAGAUCUGGCGUGGUGCUUUUCUGUUGGCUGAUUUCAUCCUGGCACAAGCAAGCAUGUUCAAAGACGCCACUGUCCUUGAGCUUGGAGCUGGAACAGGAAUGACCAGCAUUGUCAUGGCAAUGGUGGCCAAAACGGUGUACUGCACAGAUGUUGGUGAUGACCUUCUGAGCAUGUGUCAGAGAAAUGUGUGUUUGAACAAGCAGCACUUUGAACCCCAAGGGAGCGAAAUAAGGGUGCGGCAGCUGGACUGGAUGGCAGAUGAUUUCUGCACAGACGCUGACUUGGAGUUCUGCUGGACUGACGCAGAAGUAGCGGACUUACAUGAUAAUACCACAUUUGUGAUCGCGGCAGAUGUGUGUUAUGAUGACAAUCUUACGGAUGCUUUGUUCAGAACAUUAUACAGACUUGCAAACAACAUGCGGCACCCCAGCAUAACCUACAUCUCCAUAGAAAAGAGAUUAAACUUCACACUGAGACACAUGGACGUGUCCUGUGAAGCUUAUGAUCACUUCCGUCACUGCCUAGAUCAGUUACAGCAGAUGACAGAUGGAAAGAUGAAUUUCACGGUAGAGCCAGUGAAGAGCUCCUUUCCUCAGUUCUUUCAGUAUGAAAGAGUGGAACAGCUGGAACUUUGGAAGGUGACGGCAGAAAGGCUUUAAUAUGUAAUACCAAAGGUUUUUAAGUUACAUUUUAACACCAGGAUUUAUAAUGUUUGCAGAAUUAAUCUGUUUUUGUAAAUCCUGUUUUACUUAAUCAUGAAAUGCAAAGUCUUUAGUUUGAUAAUUUGCUUAAAAGUUAUUUAUUAAAAACUUUAAGAAAAAAGGAAAAGCCUUUUAGAUGUGAAUAUUGGUGCUGAUGUUUUACUGUGACCUGCUUGAGUUUUUAGUGUUAGAGUUUGUGACAAGAUUUUCAAAGGAUCAUUAGGAGAGCAUUUAUUUUGGAAACAAAGACAGAUUGUAUUGCCAUUGUGGUAGUAUAUUAUUACCUAUGCCAAAACUGUUUCAGCAAAAAUACAUUUUAAGACACUGAAAUAAAUUUCUUCCUUUUAUGACCUAAAAUGUAGAUCUGUGUAUUUGCAUUAAAUGAAUUAUGCUUGACAUCAUAUAAAUAUGAAAAUAUACAGCAACACAGAAGUGAAGUGAUCCAUUGUUAUUGGUGUGUUUCCUUCUCUGAACACUAGAGCGUGCAAGCGUUGAGACAGGAACAUGCUGUCAGUCAUAAAGUAGAUAAAUACAAAGUCUGUGUCAGGUCUGACUAGUAUUUCUUGUUGACUAAUUGUUAAUGGAGCUAUUAAAUUUUCAGUUCAUAACUGAAGCUGGCAUUUAAUCUUGGUUUGUGGUGCUUCAAAUCAUGUAGAGUGGGAAAGUAGAGAGCCUGAAUACAAUAAAAAUGUAAUUGAAUUGUAAAAUAAACUUUAAAAAGCUAGUUGAACGUGUUGCUAGCUUUAAUGUUGCCUUUAAAGCUAAAUGCACAAAUGUCAC